CCAAGCUAUUAACAUGAAGACAUGUUUUGUUACCAUGGAGCAAUGUGGAUUUUCGGCUUGGAAAUUAGAGCUGUAUGGAGUCCAUAAGCAGAGGAUUAGUGGUUAUUGCUAAAUUGAAAAAUUGCCUGCAGAGGAACAGCCCUGUUUUGCACUCAGCACAUGGAGGAGAAGCUUUUUCUGUAAUAUAGAGAAUGGAGCAGCUGGCCUGCAGAAGGAAGUUGAGGAGCCACCUGUGUGUGGUGUUCAGGUAUCAAGGGCUUUACAUGUAAUUCAAACUCAUUACUUUGCUCUGGAGAUCCAGUGAAACAGUCUAAUUCAGCAAAUGUGGAUGGAGACUUCAACUCUUGAUCAAGUUUCACUACAUUCUCACAAAAUUAGUACCAAAAGGAAAUCUGAUGGGAAGUGCGUUGAACUCUGUAUAUUAGUUGAAGUCACUUCUCUGCCAAAGAAUGGAGCUGCUGACUGCAGCUGGAAAUCCUGUGAAGCUGCCAGUACUUCAUGGUUUCUGCGCAAAGCUGUUAAUUGGUCCAGCCUGUGACUUAGUGAAUCACCUCUGAACUUCAUCUUCUGUGCUAGGUAGCAUGAACUUUGCUGAAGAUGGAUUGGUGUUCUGUUACCUGAGAAACACUGAUUGUCCUUGGCUUCAAGGAGAGUAUGAGCACAGGACAGACAAUUGUUCUCUGCCUUCUAGGAGUUACAGUUGCCAUGUCAAUAAUCCUCUGCCUCUGUAAUCUUCAACUCAGACUGGUGACACAAAUUCCAGAUGACCACUGCUCUGGUACUCUUCAGCUCUGAGGAAAAUGAAAGGAAGAAAGAGAGGAUGGUUCUUAGCUUUCUCCUUUAUCCUGCUGUUUGUCUAUAUCACUGGACAUGCAACUGAUGACUCUGAUGAUGGAGAAGAAGAGGAUGUUCUGGGUGUUCCUUUACCACCACUGAAACUGGGACAUUCAGACUGUGCCCUGAAAGCAGACGAAGGUCCAUGCAAAGCAAUCCACAUGCGCUUUUACUUCAAUAUUCGAAGCCGUGAGUGUGAAAUAUUUGAGUAUGGUGGAUGCCAAGGCAAUGCUAACAACUUUCUAACUCUGGAAGAAUGUCAGAACAAAUGUGUGGUAACAGAAUUGCCUCUGGAGGUGAUGAUAGCAAAAAUUGGAAGAGAAAAACCCAACCUCUGUUAUCAUGACAAAGACCCUGGAAUCUGCCGAGGAUUUUUUUCCAGGUAUUUCUAUAACAAAGAGACAAAAAAAUGUGAACUAUUCAUGUAUGGUGGGUGCCUAGGAAACCGGAACAACUUCAGGAGUUUGGAAGAAUGCCAGGCUACCUGCCAAGGCAACCCAAAGUUAAUGCCAGUUGUUCCAAAUGAAGAACGUCCUACCCAUAUGAACAGUAGCUCCCCAGAGGAAGAACCCAAUCAGCUUCCUGGGAUUUUUGUAAAUUUGUCGCCAACUGCUCCAAAUGAGGAGGAGUCCCAUACUGUGAACAGUAGUUACCCACAGCAAGAGCGCAAGAAGUUUCCUAGCUCUUUUGAACCACCUCCUAUCCCCUCUUUAUGCCUGACUCCUAUGGAUAAAGGACUUUGUAGAGCAAAAGAGACAAGGUUUUUCUACAACUAUUCAACUGGAAGAUGUCGUCCGUUUACCUACAGUGGUUGUGGUGGGAAUGAAAAUAAUUUCACUUCCAGGAAGUCAUGUUUAAGAAUCUGCAGGAAAGGAUUCAUUAAAAGAGAAGAUGGAAGAAGAUUAAUAAGAAUCAAGAAAAAAAAGAAACAGUCACGAAAGACCAAGGGGGAGGGAAUCAUCCACGGAAGAAUACAGCUUUAAUUUUUAUGGAAAUGGGAAGUAAACUGUUACUUUACCUGUGAAUGAAAGCCUUUAGAAUGCACCACUUAAAUAUAUUUUUACUGUACGGAUUAUUUUGAUUGCAUAUUAUUAAGCUGUUUAUAUUUUUAUUCUGUUUGCCUCAUUUGUGUUAAUAAACAUUACCUUGUUCUUUGGAAAAGAGCUCUUAAAAUGUAGUUUGACAAUAUAAUUACUAGAGCUGAAACAGGAUGUAAUAGGCUAUGUGGGUGUAGAACUCAAGAUUAGAAUGUAGGAAAGGUUCCAGUUUACUUUAUUUCCCCAUUCUUUUCUGAAAUCUAUUUUGAUCUUAAAAACAAGAGAAAAGCAAGCAUAAGACUUAUCAGAGAGUAAUCACUUGUCAUACACUAUUAUCUCAGUCCUGUAGAUUGAGACAGAUCUAUUGCUUAAAGGCAGAAAUAAAAACUCAGUUUGUUUUUAAUCAGAUUUAUUUUAGGUUAUGCAAGACAGAUGUAACUCCAUUGAAGUGCACAGAAUUACACUAAUGUGCGAUGAAUGUGAAUUGGAAUUAACUCAGUGAAACCAUUAAGAGAGAAUUGCAAUUUUGAGUGUAUGAAGCAAUGUAACUGAUAUUUAUAAGAAUUUAAAAUAUAUUUGCUAGGUUCACUGAUGUUGUCCUUGUUAAUGAAGUAGACUCGUGGCUAGUGAGUUAAUGAUUUGCAGAAAUAAAUGUUCUUAUUAUAAAAAAAGAAAGAACAAUCCCAGUUCAUGGAUGAGGAAAUCAAUACAUUUGCUUUGGACAUAAUAGUACAUAUGCUUGCCAGAAGACUUUAUUGGUGUGAGGGUUCUUUUGUUUGUGUUUUUGUUGGUUGGUAGCUUUUUGUUGUCCUUGUUGUGGUAGGCUUUGCUUGUUUGUUUUUAGACGGACAUGAGACUGUCAUUCAGUUCCUGCCCUUCUGCAAUACACCUCUCUCAUCUUGGGUAAGCCUGCCAAGAUUUUUUUUUAAGGAGGGAAAACAUAGUUGUUUCCUAGAAAGGUUUUCAGAAGUACCCUGCAGCCUUCCUUAAUACUGAAAAUCUUUUUUAAUGUAUCUUGAUCAGUUUUAAUGUAUCUUGUAUCAGUUUCUCUUUGGACUGAAGACUACUGAGGAUACUGAAACCAUUAUUUGUGAGAGGUAACAUGAAAAUAAUUAUCUGAAAUAGAUGUGAUAGUCUCAGACACUACAGUGAGGAGCAAGGUAAACAAGAUAGAACAUAAAUGUUCUGCUGGGCUAACCUUCUUUUGCUUGAGCUCUCUGAAAUAUGUGUGGUUUCAGAAAAUGUGUGUUUUUAUGUACCUGGUGAAAUUCAAACUAACUCCUCAAAGAGGAUAAGCUUGACUGCUGAAGAUGAAAGUAGCUUUGCAUUUUGAAUCUAGGGGGCUAAAUAACAGCCACAGAUUUUUACAAAGAAAUUCUUAUUUCUGGUGCCCAAAUCCCAUAAUGGCUCUUAAUCUAGGUUUUAUCAAGUAUGAUUGGAUCUUUCUUAAAGUGUUCUCAAUGAGAUAAUAGAUACGCCCCAUCUCAGAAGGUGUUCAAGGCCUGCAUAAUCUAGUAGAUGUCCCUGCUCAUGACAAGGGGUCGGAACUGGAUGACUUUUCAUGUCUCCUCUGCUCCAAACCAUUCUGUUAUUCUAUGAUUUUGAAGAUAAAUGUGUAAAAAAGAACUGAUGUUUUUGUAAAUAUAUGGUGUUAUAAUCAUGUGUCA